CGGCUGCUGCCGCUCGAGCUCGUGGACAAGUGCAUCGGCUCGCGCAUCUGGGUCAUCAUGAAGGGCGACAAGGAGGUCGUCGGCACGCUCCGCGGCUUCGACGAGUACGUCAACAUGGCGCCGCGGCGGCGCCCCCCGCACCCCCCGACGCCGCGCGCCGAACGCCGCGGCCCGCAGGUCCUCGACGACGUGACCGAGUACUGCGACGGCGCGAAGACGCAGCUGGACCAGAUCCUCCUCAACGGGAACAACGUCUCCAUGAUGGUGCCCGGGGGCGACCCCGAG